CAGCACAGUCUGCAGCUUCAGGACUGGAAUAUUGUCGGUCCACCAACGACCAAACCAUGCCACAGUCAUAAUCCGUUCGAUUAUAGCCGAGAGCUGCUAAUAUGGUCUCGGUUGAGCCGGCGAACAACGACCCCAGGCCAACAUUGAGCCCUUUAGGAGGCCUACUACAUGCCCCGAGCAGUGAUGGUGAUGCCCAAGCGGACGAAAGAGACACUGUCGCUUUUAUUCGACAGGUGCUCUGUUCGACGAGUGCUCCCUCAGAUACACUUGCGCAAGGCGAGCCUUCUAAUGGAAAUAUCAAGCCCGUCGAAAAGCUUUUGCCCCCUUUGACAAGCAACAAUCAAAUAGAUACCCAAUUGUACGCGAUCGUUGCCAUUAUACUAAAGCAGGUUGUCCAAAGCUGGUAUACCAAGUUCACAUCGGAUCCGAGUUUUGUGGCAGAGAUCGUUGACAUCAUUGCCCAUUGCACCAGAGGACUUGAGGAACGCAUGAGAGAUCUGGAUUACGCAACGUUUCUACUUGACGAAGUGUCUGCAGUCGUCGACGAUCAUAUCAAAGCACUACAGCUUGUUCGCGAAGCUAGCAAUAAGGGCGGCGUCAACAAUCUCGAACAGACUCGGGCACUGUUUCACACCCUGAGAACACACAACGCGCUGUCACCUGAGCCGAGCGAUGAUGCAAAGGUGGCGCUACAGCAAGAGAACGAGACGGUAUGGGCCCAACUUCUGGUCGGCGCGAUCCUUCCAUUGGUCCUACCACCCGAGGAUAUGUCAAACCCGUGUUUGAAUGCACUCGUAUCUGAGAUAUUGUCAGAGUUGAUCGUUCGUAAUGCCAUCCUUGGAAGAGUCUCCGAGCCGUGGCUCCUGUGGGAAGCUGUCACGAAGGCAAUCCAUGCAGUCAAGCCGAAAGAGCGAGCUGCAUCCCUUGAUUGCCCACCGCCGACCAGCCGUCUCGAGCUUGCCGGUCUCGUUCCAUCACCCGCAAAACGGGAUGAGGAGGUCAGUGCACUCUUGAUCCCGGCAAGCAUUACGUUGUGGCUGUCCACCAUGCUGGCUUCGAUGUGGCAGAUUGCGACUUUAACUUGGACCGUUACGAGUGCGAUACGGUCUGCUAUAUUGGCAGCUUCGUCGACUCCACCGUCACACCGCGUGGCUACACCAGAAUCAUGGCAGACAGGAUGCGGCUCGACCGACUUGUCUGUGUUCCCCAUCAGACGGCCUGUGGCUAGCCUGAAGGUCUGGAGCUGUCUUGGUCGCCUGUUGUCAUUUCAUGCUCACAUGCCAUGGCUCUCCGGCCUGCUCGCGUUGUUGCAGUGGCUGUUGACGCAUGGUCUGGGAACUAUUGGCUGCACAGACAGCACCCCUGAUAAGAUCGCUUCGGGAUUCAUCCACACAAAACUGCUAAAUCCACGACUCCUUCCGCCCCUGCUGCAAGCGAUCAGAGAUGCUGCUUUCCCGGGUAAUUCUUUCGCACCUGCGCGUCAACCGCCAUCGCCCGAGCAGACGAUGGAGAUUAAACAUGCAUGUGCGGUAGCCAUUGUUGGGGCAUUGCCAGAGAAAGUGAGGACGUGUUAUUUCGCGACACAAGACGUGGAACUCAUGCACAAAGAUGUUGAGGUCACCCUCGACCUUUUCGCCGAUGGGUACAUCAACAAGCACCUUAUCGUGGCUAUCAUAGAGCUACUUGUCCUGCGACUGUUCCCUGAGUUAGCUCGAAUGGAAGAAGGUCGAUGACAUGUACGCAUGAAUAUGCGGAGUCAGACAUUUCACUCUCGUGCCCAACAUGCAUACGACCGAAGUGAGCAGUGCUGGAUCCCACGCAUUGUUCACGCCCAUUAGCUGCGAAGUAUUGAAGACUGUCGCCCUUGAUGGCAAAGCUAUGAACAGAGGUAAACAAUUCGUAGCCGCGUGAGCAGCGUGUAGAUUUCCUCUUCGUCCCAUUCUGUCCCUUCCGUAUCGGCAGUAACGUCGUUUGUCCAUCUGUUGAGUAAUGUACAUAGCCGAAAAUGCUCACGAACUAAUGCACAAUGCAAAAUGAUCGUAAAGGCACGGAAAAGUCGUCAUCAAUCAUAAGCCGCUGCUGG